AUGCCAAAGGAGUCUGGUUUAAUAAAUAUUGAGUCCAUUCCUCAUGAUGAUGAGUCUCCACCACAAAAUAUUGACAGAAUGCUUGAAUGGUUUCAUCUUUUGGUAUCCAAAAAUUUGACAAAAAUUGUUGAGAAAUUAUCUGAUUCAGAGUACCCUGUGAAAGUUCUUGUUUUCGAUUCGAUGGCAACUUGGACAACCAGAAUUUCUUUUGAUGGCUCUGAUGUCUCUUUGCCUUCACUUCCAUUGCUGGCAAAGGAAGAUUUGCCUUCUUUCAUCUAUGAUACUGAUUUGUAUCCAGCUCUUAGAGGACUUAUCUUUAGUCAGAACAUCAAUUUCAAGAAAGCAGAUUGGCUUUUCUUCAACACAUUUAAUGCAUUGGAAAAGGAGGUAGUCGACUGGAUAAGGCCUCGAUACCCAAUCAAAACUAUCGGACCAACUAUUCCAUCAAUGUAUCUUGACAAGAGACUAAAGGAAGACAAAGAAUAUGGUUUGAGUUUGUUCAAGCCUAACAGUGAAACUUGUAUGAAGUGGCUAGAUUCAAGGGAAAUCGGCUCUGUUGUUUAUGUAUCAUUUGGAAGUUUUGCCAGUCUUGACGAACAACAAAUGGAGGAACUAGCUUUGGGAUUGAUGACGAGCAACUGCUACUUCUUGUGGGUUGUUAGAGCUACCGAAAAGAACAAACUCCCUGAGGAAUUCAUGUCCAAGUCAUCGGAAAAAGGACUAAUUGUGAAUUGGUGCCCUCAGCUCGAUGUAUUGUCUCAUCGAGCAGUUGGAUGUUUCUUUACUCACUGUGGAUGGAAUUCGACACUGGAAGCAUUGAGUUUGGGAGUGCCAAUGGUGACCAUGCCCCAAUGGUCGGAUCAACCAACUAACGCGAAAUUUAUUAGUGAUGUAUGGCAAACAGGAGUUCGCGUUAAGGUUGGAGACAGUGGUGUAGUUAAUAGAGAUGAAAUCGCGUGUUCCAUAAGGGAAGUCAUGAAGGAAGAGAAAGGUGCAAUGCUGAAAGAGAAUGCAAUUAAAUGGAAAAAAUUGGCUAAAGAAGCAGUAAAUGAAGGAGGAAGUUCUGAUAAGAAUAUUGAAGAAUUUGUUUCAAACUUGCCAUGA